AUGGGAGUAAUUGAUAAGGCGCCAGGGUAUGGCGAGGAUGGGUUGUACUCGUUCUCCUCACGCCCGGUCACUCCAAGAGACAAAGGUGGAGAUCUCCUGGUGAAGUUCCAAGCUGUCAGUAGAACGCAACAAACCUUGACACACCACUAUAUCUCUGUCAACUCCAAAGAUAAAUUGUCGCAUGUCCGACGCAGUAUUAAUCUUUAUUUCAAGGAAUACUUCGAAAGAGGGUUCAUUUUCUUGUGUAAAACAAGAGAAAUCUUGCGAUCAGACGAGAAGACGACAACCGUUUUUGACAUACUUCCAAAAAUUCCUCAAAUGAACUCAGUUGAUCAGGGCAGGUCCAAUCCAAAAUGGGAAUUACCGAUGGAAAAAUUUAGAUACCCGGAUGUAGAGUACAAAAGGGUUGCACACUCCUAUGAUGGAAAGCGCUACAUUGUAAUGUGUGCUUGUGUGAUUUUUCUGUACGAGCGGAGUAAAGUCAGCCACUGGACUCCACAAGAACUGAAUCAACAGUUGUGUGAAAACCUUCUGGAGGGAUUUUCUUUCAUACCAACCGAUAUCAUGUCCUGGAAACCAAAUCUCUUGGAGCUAAAAGCGACAUCUCUUCAUAUAAAUGCUGCAUGUGGAAACUUAGAGAAAUUAGAGGAGGCUCUUCAAAAACUUCCAUACACACCUAAAAUAUGCGAUAUUUGUGAUGAACGAAAUGCAACACCGCUGCAUUAUGCCGCUGAAAAUGGAAAAUUGGAUGCUUGUGAAAUUCUCAUUAAUGGCAUUGGGAGAGAUCAGAUAUAUACUAAAGACAUGAAUGAUAAAUCCCCAUUACAUUGCGCCCUAUAUAGAAGAAGGAAGGAAGUAAUAGUAUACCUUCUCCAGCUAAACUCAGAUGUCCUUGACGUGGAUAACUUAGGAAACAACUGCAUUGAUCUGCUCCUUCUACAGAAAGAGGCUGAUAUAGAGUAUAUCGCUUCUAAACUAGAAACCCUUUCCCUCAGCAAACACCUUCAGUUUUACUUGUGUUAUCUCAUGCUUUUGUUGAAAAAAGAAAAGCAUGCUCUUCGGCUAUUAACGUUGCUUCCUGACUAUGACACGCUUGAUCCAAGGCUGGAAGAGUUGGAAUGUUCCCUGCUACAUUUGUCAUCCACACUGAGUCCUCAGCUUACUGAGGUUUUAUUAGAAAAGCGUUUUCCUAAGUGUAAGAAAAAUAUAGAAGGUGACCUACCUUUUCAUUCUGCUUGUCAGUGUGGAAACGUGAAACAAGUGCAUCUACUCUACGAUGAGAGUUUACAGGAAGGGGAUCUGAAUAAAGGCAUCCAAAAAGCUCUACAAAAUUGUCACUAUGGGGUAUGUUUAGCUAUUUUUGAGAUUCGGAGUAACCUAAUACUUUAUGAAUCCACAGUUUGCAAGAUCAUGAAAUCAUUAAAGAAAGUAUUUGAUGGAUAUCGGAAGGGUUUUCAAAAAUGCAGAAAUGUUGAAUCUGUAGCAGAAAAACUGUUGCCUUUACUGAGUGGCCAAAAUGGAGCAUCUGAAAGGUAUACGUUUGAAUCGGCAUCUCUUGGCCUCCAUAAGAUAUUGCUUCUUCUGAAAUCCCUAAGAAUACCUUUCGACUUAUCAGAUGAAAUGAAAAGAACGCCUUUGCACGAAGCUUGUCAGAACAAUCACAGUGAAUGCGUCAAAGUGCUUUUGGAAGCGGGCGUAAAUUCAAACCCUACAGACUGGCGAGGUGCUACCCCUUUGCACUAUGCCUGUGAAAAAGGACAUGAUAUAAUAGUAAAUAUGUUGUUGCACUCAGAUCGUCAAGUCGAUGCUAAGAUACAAGAUAACAGCGGAAAGACUCCAUUGAUGACUGCUAUUUACAGAAAUCAGCAGAAGGUGGUUAGAGUCCUUCUUCAGAAAUAUACUAGUAAGUGCAAUUUAAAGGCUAUUGACAAGUUGGGUCAAAACAUCCUUCAUUAUUUGCCAAUAAUUGAGGAAGAUCUGGAGGACAUCGUCAUACAACAAUUGAAAAUAGAACAGGCUAGUCAGGACAAACGAGAGAAAAUAGUUCAGAGGCAAGAGGAAAGGAACAUUAUGUGGAAUGAAUCAAUGAACUUUACAAACUUUUGCAGAUAUGAUCGCCCUUUUCGAGAAUUCAAUAGGAAUGAAGAUCCAUUUCAGUACGACAAUGAAAAAGAAAAACCAUGGAAUAAGUUCUGGUCACUUAAUUCAAAAGUACCCAAGUUGAUCAGUAGUCCAACUAAGCGAUACAAAAAAUGUCAAAAGUGUUGCGAUAUUAUUAAAAGUAACUCAAAGCAUCACUGUGGAAAAGGAAAUCCUGAAAGUCAAGAAAUCUAUGUUCAUUUGAGAGCUUUUGAGUUCAAGCAUCAUGAAGAAGUAGCUUUCAGUACUCCACUGGAAUGUGCUAUUAAAGCUGGAAGAAUGACAACAAUGAAGAAACUAGCUCAGAAUUUUCCAAACCUUUUGAAGGAUACUGAUAGUCUCGGAAGAUCUAUUAUGGACUUUGCAAUUCAACAGUAUUCCUUUAAGAUCAUCAAGUCGAUAAUGGAUGUUGUAAAACCCAAAGCCAGCUUUCUGUAUCAUUUGAUGAUGUUUUCAAAGAACGGAAAAACAGUAGUAAUGCAGAAAGUUUUGGAACAUUUUAUGCAGUCAGCAAUAAUUGCGAGUGAUAUUCCAGAACCUGUAAAUGUUAUCCAUGAGCUAUGUGGAUUAGCAAGAUAUAAAAAAUCUCAACACUGUUAUUUGAACUGUUUCUUUAAGAAUCAUUUACCAGUUGAAGCUGCAGUUAUCCUACAAAAUUUUCCCCUUUUCACCGCCAUUCUUGAAAAAACAAAGGAUGAUAAUUUAGGAAUUGCUUUACAUCUAGCGGUAUAUUAUGGACAAUCUCGAUUCAUCGACGCCAUAUUGAAGAAGAAACAUAAACAUGAAACAAACAAAGAGAUGCAAGAAAUAGAGAAUAUGUACAUCCUGGACAUAGCAUGUAGAUCCCCUUACGUCAAUGAGAAAGUUUUUGAGACAUUAAUAAAGUAUCAACCUGAUAUCUUGAAAUCUCGAGAUAUUUUCAGUUGUGACGAUCUGUCAGAGUUAAGACCUUAUAUCUGGGAAAGCAUAAAACUUCUUACAAUGCAUGAAAAAACAACUUUAGCAAAACUUUUGUCUUCCAAACACUCAGAAAGAAAUUCCAACAGAAAAUUUAAGAUAAGGGACAAAACGAUUUUCGAUAAAAUGGGUUGUUUCCUUAUUAGGUCGGGUGUUCAAAUGGGAAAAUUUGAAAUUUUCGAGGAAUCUACUGAUACAUAUGUGCAUGGCAUAUGUGAAGCGUUUUUGUUUGCUUUAGAAUCAGGGCACUUUAAUUCUGCAGCUCUGAUGCUACAUAGAGAAGGACAUCUUUUAUGGCAUUGCGCACUUUCCUCAAACAAAUGUCAAAUUCAAAAACAAUUUAACAAAACUUGGCAAUCAAAAUUCAGUGACAACGAUAGCAUUGUUAAGAUAGAGUACAUCAAGUAUAUCCUUGCCUAUGCGUGCCUAAAACAUGUCCCUGAAAAUAUUUUGCAGAGUUUGAUACAGUCAGGUAGGGAGGUAGAGGGAAUGAAGACAACUGAAAUAACAACGAAAGAAUUUGAAAUAUCCAAUAGAUUGUACAGUCUUGCUGAGUGCAAGAGCCCAUUGGAAAAGAUAAUUAGGUGCAUGGUUGAAAUUACUACUGGGGGACAAUUUGUGGAGGAAGUCUACAAUAAGUUUCUGAAAAGAAAAAUUUGGAAGCAAGGAAAAAUCAAAAACUUUGAGAUCCUUCCAUUACUUCAAUUAGCACCAAGGAUUGUGACUAGUUUUAGUAAAUAUGAAAUGAGAGGACUAUUUGGAAUAACGGUUUCAAAAGAGGAGACUAGAAUAUUAAGAGAUUGUACAAUAAUGAUGAAUCUCUCGGGAGAACCUAACAGUAUCAGCUUUCCCUCCGGUACUACACUUCUUCAUUUGGGGUCCUGCACAGGAAAUGUUGAAUUCGUCAAAAUGAUUUUACAGGCUCCUCUCCCCGUGACUAUUGACGCCAAGACAAGUGAUGGUGUAAGACCUUUAGAUCUCGCAGUAAUAUAUGGAUCAUGGGAUAUCUAUAAACUUCUUGUUGAAUAUAAUGCCAAAUUUACAGUAGACACCAUCGUUGCCUGUUGCUCAGAUGAACGAUACAAGCAAGUAGAAAUCUGGACAAGAAAAAUUCGUGACCUGUGUUCUUGUGAGAAACCCUCAUCGAAAGCAAAGAAAAAAAUAUUGAUGGAUUUGUAUGAACGGAAGAAGAUUGACUGGAAUUUCUUCAGUCAAGAGAUUGGAGGUCCUCUCCACAAUGCUAUUGAAAGUCAUUUGGAUGACAUAGUGCUUUAUCUAGUUGAUACCAAUCCUUCUCUGCUAGUGAGGGUCCUGAACUCCAACACGAACAUUGUUGCACAGCUACAGAAGUGCAAAGAAGGAACAAUUGCACAUGUGUACAACACCAUGGUAAGUCAAGUAAGUAAGCUGGAAACAAAAACCCUGGGACAACUGCUACUCCAGACUGCUGUAAGCCGGAAAAUGCAUCUUACAGAGACUCUGACUAGAACAUUUCACAGGAUCCUUGAACAGGAGCAAUGGGAAAAGGCUGUUGAAGAAGUGGAUAAGCAUGGAAGAACCAUCUUUCACUUUGUUGCUAUUUUUGGCUGGGAAACAAUUGCCCGAAUACUUACUGAGGUUGUACACAGGGAGAAUUUGCCUGGUUUUCCACUGAACAAAGUGGAUUUUGCUGGAGCAUCCCCUCUGUGGUAUGCUUUAGCGUACAGGCAAUGGAAAAUUUCAAGACUUUAUCUUCUAAAUGGCGCUAGUCCUUUUUUACAGCGCGCAGUACCAGGAUGUUUCACAAAGAGACACAGACCUCCUGAGAUUAAAGAUGUACGUUUCCGUGAAUGUGAACAUUCUUAUUCUUUUAUCUCUAAACAUGGCAUAAAAAUGAGUGCAAGAAGGAAGAUCAAAUUGCCAGAUAAUAAAGAUACCAGUGUCAAAGUUUGUAUACAUGGAAAGAAUAGUUCAAACUUGCAUGAAUCUAGAAAUGAUCAACAACGAAUAGAGGGGUCAGACUUAAAAAUAGCAGUCUCUCCACCAAAUUCCCAGACCAUACCAAUGAACAAAGAUCAAAAGAUCAUUGAAUAUCUCUUCAAAAAAGCACAUUUGUCCAGAAUCUCAGGGUAUUCUUUGAUUCAUUUUGCUUCAGGCAUGGGAGAUAUGAAGCUUUUUGAAGAAAUUCUUAGUAUAUCAGAGAACAAAUUAAAGGUCAGUGAUGAUUACAUGAUGACGGGCUACAGAUGCGCAAUGUUGGGAAACCACAGAACUAUUUGUGAUAUCUAUCAUAAAAAUAACAUCUAUCUCAAUGAUAACCAAACUUUUCAUUCCAUUGUUUGGCAGGCACUCAGAACUGAUAAAGUUCAAAGGAAUGUCUUUCACUUUCUUUUCAGCAUGUUUGGGUUUGUGUAUGACAAUAUAAUAACAUCUGGCAAAACACCACUCUUGCGACAACAAACUGUACCGAAAUACCAUGGAUUCAGUUACAAACAUGAAGGGUUUAAAUUUGCUGACUUUUUAACCAAACUUUGCGAAGUUUUGUCAGAACAGAGAGUAGAAAAGAGCAUAGUCAAUCAAUUAAAAACGAAAGUUCAAUAUAUUUACGACGAGAUGCAAAAGAGUUCGAAAGAAACAUUGCAUAUCACAGCCUUGCAAACUUCAGAGCAAAAUCCACCUCAUGGGAAAAUUCUUACAAACUUUCUUAAAUCAGUAGAUGCGAAUACUAGAAUAGAUGAAAAUGACAUUCUACUGUUGUUAUCGAUGACUGAACCUUGGGUGAUUUCUUCAUUGAUUGCUGCAAGUAAAACUAACAAGUAUGUGUACAAGCUACUGAGAAAACAACUACUUUGGAACUUGAAUAUUCUGGAUUGUAUUGUUAUUUCUCUACCCAAAGACUGCGGUAGAUCAGAUGCAGUUUUUCUUUAUCAGCAAGAUAUAAGCGAGGAGGUUAUUGCUCUAGUUGAUCAAUUUGGAUUGAAUUUACAAGAGACAACAAUCCAUUUUGCCUGCAAUAAAAGUCUUUGGACUUUUCUAAGGCUUGUAGCUUCCCAGGUGAUUCCAAGAGAACGAGAGCUGAAGGUGUGUUGGCAGCUUUCUUUGGCGCAGGCUGUUAGAGAAGGACAAAUAGACUUUUUGAAGUCUAUUCUCGACAAUAUUUCAAUAUCAAAACUUCCCGAAACAGUUCAGGCCAGUUUUGCGGCACUUUUGUGCAAGGCUGCAUUCUAUGGUCAAACUGACAUUGUUAAAUAUCUUUUCAGGAAAAGUGUACCUAUCAGGUUCGAUACUGAAAACCCAAUGUUUAUGGAUCUUCUCGAUAAGAUUUACAUGAAGAAUUUUGAUGUGAUAGAAUAUGCCAUUCGUAGCAAACGACCCGACACAGUGGACGCCGUGUUAAAGUUUUGCAAAUACGAUCGUGAAUUUAUGAAGGCUGCAAAACCGGAAUUUUAUUUUGAGCUAGCUGCCUCUACUGGAAAUUGGCCAAUUAUGAAGUAUUUUACUGAAAUUUUUUCAAGCACUGGACGGCCUACAAAGCAGACUUGGGAAAGAUUUUUCAUUGGAGCAGCCUCAAAAGGGCAAGAGGAUUUCUGUGCACAAAUUCUGACAGCCUUCAAUGAUGUGGACGUUUUGUGUGUAGACAAAAGAAAUAAACAUGCUUUACAUUAUUGCGGAAUUUACAACAUGAAACUUAUUGCCAAAUGUGUUCUGGAGAAGACAACUAGGGGCUUGGAUGUUAGCGAUUCGGAUGGUAUGAGACCAAUAGACUAUGCCGUGCUCCUCGGAAAUAUCGAAGUCGUUAACUUGUUCACUGAAACAAAAAUUAUGCAUUCAAAAGAAAACAUCGACAGUGUGGAAACUUAUGGCUGGUUUCAUUUUUUCAUGAACAAGUUAAACACAAGCGGUACCGUUAUGUCAGAUGUUGACAUUAGACCUACUCUUCCUAAAUCGCGGCAGCUAGAUCUAAUCAGUCUAUAUAAAAAGGGAGAUGACAAUGCCGCGGCCGCUGUUGUGUCAAGUUCCAAACAUAUCCCCAAAUUGCUCUUAGAAAACCCUUCAUCACAUGGAUUCCUUCUACUUGAAGCAAUCAAACAUGGAUGCAAGAAGGCUUUUCAUGCUUUAAUGGCAUAUUUUGAUGGGGAAACAGAAAAUCUUCGCCAAGUACUUAAACUUCAGGUUAAGGAUAUAUGUCCUUUGGCUGUUGCUGUGUCUAAUUCUCAACUAGAAAUUGCAGAAUACAUCUUUCAGUAUGAUGACGGAAUGAGCUGGAAAUCAAAAAAAUCAGCAGAAAAUAUUCUCCAUCUUGCCAUUCAAACUGGAGAUCCAAAAAUGAUCGGACUAGUUCGUUCAAAGACAAUGGGAGGGCUUUGCGAGGAAAAAGACGUGUGCGGAUUAACUCCAAUUAUGUAUAUGAGUGCUCUUGGGCUUCAAGAUUAUUAUUCUCUCCUUAAAUCAGAUGCUCUGCUAGACCCAUGGGGGGACUCUCACGCUGGUCACAAAGACGAUGAUCCUGAUAUGUCGUGCCUCAAUUGCUUGUUAAAUAAAUGUAUUGGUUGGUCAAAAAUAUAUAACAGGGGUCCACUAAAUAAGGAUACACAACCAAUGAGGUCAGAAAAUAAUGCUCUUCCUCCUCAAUUGCUUACGGAGUACUUCUGGAAAUUAGGGAAAUAUAGGUCGGAUAACCCAUUGAUUUCUGCUAUGAUGAUAUCUUGUGGCUAUAAUGCAACAUUUACCUCUUUAAUCAAAAUGGUGUCCAGAAAAGAAGGCAUUGAAAAAAUGAUAUCCACGGAGGGCAUAGAAAAAACACUGGACGAAUUCCAAAACAGUCCCACUAUUCUUGAAAAUAUACUAGCCAUGUCCAUUGUCGCUAAAAAUGAAGAGGUUUUUGUGAAAUUGCUAAGUCUUGCCAGCGGUUUAAACAAUACAAUGAAGAAAAAUUAUGGCACAUCUAUUUUUGAGGCUGUUAUUGGGCUCUCCAGAUUAGACCUUCUUGUCCAUCUCAAGAAAGCUUUGAACUAUCAAGAGGACGAUUUUUCGACUUUUAAAGAAAUCCAAUACACAUUACCCCAAAAACAACUUUGGUUAUCAGAAUUGGACAACAUUGGAGGUAAACAAUGGCCGAAUUUUGAAUUGUCACCAGAGAGACAUGAUCCAAGGAUUCUUAAGUCUGAUUUAUGGCUGGUCCAAUCAGUAACAUUUCCAGAAUCGAUCAGACAGGAAUUGGAGGCAAAGAGUGCCAAAGAAAACAUCAUUCCUUCAGAGUUUUCUGACUUAAAAUACACUGUAGACUUCGACAGUUUUCGCAAAAUUGCAGAUUUUGGGAACUUUUCUGAUGUUUGGAUUCAAUGUUUCCUAACAUCUAGUAUAGUUCUUAAUCAUAUUGAGGACAUUAAAAUUAGUGAGGCCACUAAAUCUACUCCUGUGAAGUCAGUUAAAGUAGUAUGCCUUACGAGUGGAACAGCAGAUCAUCCGAAAGUCACCAUGGAUAACACGGGAGCCAUUUUAAACCAGAUUCGUGUAUCCACGGACAAAGGAUCCCUCUUUGUUAGAUUAGACAAAAGCUGCUGUCAACGACAGAAUGAAAUUCUACUUAAAGAAGAUGUACAGGAGAAUGUAAUUCCAUACUUUGAAGAUUUUAUUCAAAAGGAAUUUGGACUUGGUAUAAAAAUAAAGGUAGACUGGAAUGCCAUUGAACUAAGAAAAAGGACUUACAACACAGAAGUUGUCAUGAAAUCCUUAAACGGAUUAAUAUAUGGAAAUAAGUUAGGAGGGUUAGAGGAUACAUUAAAUGAGUGCAGAGAUAUGAAAAAUGAUAUCGAAUCAAUGUUUGAUAGAGAGACCGCAAAAUACGCCCUCCGCGAUGUUUUGAACAUGAAAGAAAUUAUAGUGUCACUUGAAGAUAAGAUGACUUCGCAGCAAACUGGAUUCAUAAGUGGACACAACCAUGUUAUUGGUAAGGUUAACUGGAAAUUCACGAUCACAAGAUCUCGUCUUUACUAUGACAGAUCGCAAUUCCCGUUAUGGCAAAAUCUUACCAUUUUGCGCUCUGUCUGUGGAGCAGUAUGCCAGUCCGUUUAUUCCAUCUCCAAGAUCAAUGGCAUAGAAGACAAUGAUAACGCAAACAGCACAAAGCGCUGCAUAGAACCUGUUACUUUCGAAGUAGACUUACCAUCCUUUGGAAUAAAUGACCUGUCAAUUUUGAGAACGCUAAUGUGUCGUGACGUCGGCAGAGAGCUUGUAGCUAUCGCCUACGAUUGCAAAUCAAUGCUAAGAUUAAAAUACACUUCUAAAAGAGUGCUACUGAAGAACACUAUAUCCCUGCAGCACACGGGGGUAUCUUUCCAAGAUGACACAGCGACUGUUCAUGUCUGCUGCAAUGAGACAGACAAUAAAGAAUGGAUUGUAGAAAGGAGCAACUCGUUCUCUAGAUUAUCAGACGCAGAAGACAAGCAACUAUUGGUGGAAUGGCCUGCGGAGAGCAGUAAUGAACUCAGUCAAACGGUUAUCAACGUUCAAGAUGAAAUCAAAAAGAAAAUUGGAGUUGCCAUUACUUUUCAGUCAGAUGAAAAGCGAUUAAUACCAGCUUGUCUUUUGAAGUUCAGACGCGAAUUGAGUCAUCCACAUGAUUUGGUUAGACUCUCCUUGAAAGCUUCCUAUACAGAAUAUAAAAAUGCGUAUAUUCGAAUCUUUGAUGACCUUCUUUUGUCACAGAGGUACCCAGUCAUAAAUCAGAAUCCAAUUCCACAGGGUUUAUCCGGAGUUUGGGUGAAAAUUAAGCCAAAUAAAGUAAAACCAGGACAACUUGUAUUAACAAAGAAGCUAGCAAAGACAGAGUUGCUAUCAUGUCUUGAAAGACCAAAGUACGUGAAACUGCCUAUUCUCGAAAAGGAAUGUUUUGAAAUGAUUUCUGAAUCGACAGAGCUCAAAGAACACCUUGAAGUAUGGAAGCAUGAAAUCAUAACAGAGAAAACUCAAGCUGAUUUUAACCAUUUUGUUGUUUUGCGUGAAGGAAAUAUUUUCACAUUUUCUGAUUCUGAAUUUUACAAGAAAUGCAUUCAGGAAUUGCCCUUGCGUGUUGUGAUAUCACAAGAUACUGCAUAUGCUUUAGAGAGCGGAUAUAGGGAUUUUCUCCGUAAUAAAAUUAUGGAUAAUAUAACACAAGCUGAAUUUCCCUCGGUUAAUAUAUUUCAGUUACAUGUUCAAGCGAAGCAAAAAAUCAAAAAAAUAAUAAAUAUUGAAAACAUAGACAUACAAUGGAGGACAUUUGUCUUCAAGGAUGACUCAGAAAUCGACCAAACAUUUUCGGAUUGUCUAAAUGCUGUAGUGGAGUCAUUCCAUGACAUUUUUCCUACGGUACCAGAAUGCACUGUUUCUCAAAAAGUGCUGUUGGAAAUGCAUUCCAUGUUCUCUGGUGUGUCAGGUUUGCGCAUUGCGAUGCGAGAACGCAUUAAUGCAGUGGAUGAGGAAGGUAUAGAAAGAACAAUAUCUGACGAAAAGAACCCUGGUGUAGUGAUUCGGAUUUUCAGUGGAAAUAUUCUUGAAAUUAUUUUCAGGCAAAAAGUGAAAAUAACAAAAUUCUCAGACCUUCUGUGUUCUGCAAGUGCUCAGCUUGCUGAAAUGAAAAUAAAAUCACUGAUAGGGUGCAAUAGUAAGAAACAAAAACCUGCAGGUCAAGCUGAGGUACAGAAAGAAAGACCAAGGCCUAUUAUUCGUCCAUCUUAUGAUAAAGUCAUGCUUCAUCUUGGAGAUAUGACAUUUGCUGUGUCUUCAAUCUGUUCCAGCAUCAAAAGCUUUAUAACAGUUGUUCCUGACGAGGUGGAUGACUUUUACUUCGUUACUUCUAGAAGAAAAACGGGCUUCGUGCUGAAGAACAGAACAUUGCUCUACAGUAUCUCCAAGAACAAUGUGAAUCCUGGGGUGCUAGCUGAACAGCUUCUGGAGGAGUUUGAAUUUCAAGGUUUAAAGAAGUCAUUGGUCAUUCUAGACUUGAGUGUAAAAGCACCAGCUUUUCACGAUAAAAACAAUAAAAUAUUAAUUGUUACUAUAGCAAUCAGUAAUUACAACGAAGAUAUGGAUACCAGCAACCAAUACAACUUAACAAAUGCAGAUGACUACAGUGUCGUAUUACAAGAACACACAGAGAGCCUUAAAGUUUCUAGAGUGGAACAGAAAGAGGAACAUUUGAUCUUAACAAUACCAUUGUCUGACAAAGUAAAGAUAUGCAACAAACAAGGUGUAUCAAUUCAUCACAAAUACAUUAGGCAAGAAAACUCCAAAAGUCUUAUUUUGGACACUCAUUCAGACAAACUUUCGGAACACCAAUACCCAAAAGAAAUGAAUAAAGAGAUCACUGUAAAGAAAAAUAAAAUUCUUAAAUUUCUUCUUGAGCAUAAUACAGUGCUUAGAGAAGAUGGGCAUCAGCAUGAAAGGCAUACAAAUGAGGGAAAAUGUGAAGUAGUCCUUCAUUCCCAGAAAGUAAAGUUUACCUUUUACUUUCAAAAGAAACAUUUCCCAAGUUCAGCACCAACAAUACCAUUCAAAUGGUCAGCACCAUGGAAUGGUCCUUACUCGUUGCUAGUAAAUGAUUCUCAACGCGGCUUCAGAGUCCGAGCUCAAUGCCUGUGCUGCAACCAAUAUUUGAACAUUAUCACUCAUCUGGGGAAAAUUGAUUCUAGUCUUGACCUUGAAGUGAAUUACAGUGAAGUGGAAUCCUGACUUUAAUUUUGUGGACUAUAUAUUUUUUUACAAAGGUUAUCACAAAAUUGUAGGUUUUGUUCUAUUCAUUUCAUUAUUAUACAUGUAUAUAUAUAUAUUUCUUUAUUUUUAUGUAGCUAAGAAUGAAACAAAAGCAAUGUAAAUGGGUACGAUUUUGUGAAGAAGAUUGUGAAACUAACCAUAAUGCUAAAUAUCUCAAUAAACAGUGUGUAGAUUUCAAAUUUUAUUAAACUUCUAGGGCUCAGCAUUUAAGGUUCAUUGACUCUCUGAUAAGCGAGAUAAUCUGUAUACUCUUUAGAAAAUUUUAAGUUGAAAGGCGAUUUUUGUCAAAUUUUGCUGAGCAAAGGCCAUUGUAUACUGAAAUUGUGUGUUUUAACUAAAAAUUACAUUUCUUUUGGAAAAUCAUCAGCAUUAAAGCAUUUUUUAAAUGAGUGAGCAGAGAGAUGGUGAACCUUAAACCCUUUAUAUUGAGCAUGUAAUUUGUGUAGAAUAUGGGGAUUAAUCUAUUUUGUACUCUCUUUUUUUCCUUGACAUAAAUGAAGCAUGAUAACUAACAUUUUAUACUUUGAUACUAUUAGUAAAAAUACAUGUACUUAAUGUUUGCUUUGUAAUUUUUAAUUUAUUAUUGUC